AUGAUAAAAUUCGUACCAGAAGACACGACUGCACAGCCCCCACGCAAGGUACGUGUUACCCCCAUCGUUCUUCGUGAUGCUUCGAGAUGGCGAGGCGUAAAUCACAAGUUUAUUUCCUUGGGCAUCAAAUUCGAACGCGCGGUUGCCGUCGAUGCAGGAAUCAGGAUAAUUCCCAAGUCCGAGGAUGAUUACCGCAGGAUUAUUCGUCUCUUCAGGGAGGAAGAGGUGCCCCAUCACACUUUCCCUCUACCCUCCGAGAGGAACAUUCAUGCUGUAAUCAGAGGAGUACAUGCGACACUUUCGGAAAUUGAGAUCAAGGAAGAGUUGCAACAGAGGGGAUAUUCCCCCCUGCACAUAAUUCGCCUGAAACGCGGUGGCGGCGUGCCCAUGCCUUUGGUGGUAGUCAUACUGCCCAAGAUAGAAAAAUCUCAGCAGCUGUUCAACGAACACGAGCUGCUAGGUUUGGCUAUCCGACUAUGGCAAAUUCUGACUGGGAAAAUCGUCGUCCAUUUAACGCAACGUGAGUUACAAAAUGAGGUCGACAAUGUGUGGCAAAAUGAAGAUGAGGCAGAUAGUGACGAAGACUUGUUUGGUGAAUUAUCUGACAGGGACGAAGAUUAUGUCGAUGAACAACAGUCUGAUACUGACAAUGAACAGAGUGAUGAUGGUGAUGAAGUUGUGUUACAGAAUCCUGGUAUAUCAAGCAGGAACACUGCUAGUAUAAUGGGCAAAAACGGUCAUCGCUGGAGUACCAAAUACCAGGACGCAGAGGCCGCACAACGAGAGACAAUAUUGUUUUACAUAUGCCCGGUCCUAAACAACAGGCGAGAUUAG